AUGUUUUUCUUUUCUCCCUCUGUAGCUGGUGUGGUGAAUGAUAGGUGCCUUCUCUCCCUCAGCGAGGUUGGCACCCCGUGCGACCGUCUUCUGGAGCGGCGACCGUGGAAGCCGUGUGGCCACCACGGUCCUUUUCGAUGCUCGUGUCUGGUUGUGGCGCACCUUGCACGCGCUGUAUUUCAGCUGGAGCGGGAGUUGAUGCUGUUGCAGGGGAAGCUUGAGGUGCUGACGAACCCCGCUGUCGACUGCUGCAGUGUGCCAUUCUUUCAGGUGGACUUUACACAUCGCACGGCUUCCUUGUUUUUACACGGGCUUCCUGUACCUCAACGGUGCUACGGUCCCUUUCCCUUGACUGUCGUGGACGACUCAUCCUCAUUCGGGAGGGCAGUAGCGGAUGCUUUCAGCGGCGCGGGGCUCAUAGUGGAGGAGCGGCUGAGCUGUGUGCUGUGUGCUGCCAAUACGGGUGACAAGUGCUGUGUGUGCAAGUGCGUUGUUUGCGGUGCGUGUGGGGCGCAGUGCCGCUCCUGUGUAAUGAGAGCCUGCAGGGCUUGCAUUGCUGUGAGUAACGAGUUCCUGGCGGACGAGGGUGUGUACUGUUUCGCCUGCUACUGCCCCUAG